AUGACGUGUCUCGUGGCGGAUCUCGACAAGGCGGCGGAGGAGGUGAACGCCGUGGCGACCGAGGCGGGUAUGUUGGAGGCCCUGACCAAGGCCGUCGGGUCGAAGUGCAACUGCUUGACGCUCUUUACCCCGGGCAACCCGCUAAAGCCGCAGGAGGAGGAGCCCGAGGGCCUUACCUAUGCGGAGAGUUUGGCGGCCCCGUUCCUGAAGAUCCCGGUAAAGAAAACCAACGCCGUGGGCCAGGACUCGCGCCUUCACGUCGAGAUCCGGAGGCUGCCGGCCCCGCACGACAAGGCUCCCUACCUGUGCAUCCUCAUCGCCCCGGCGAGCCGCUACGUGUUCCACUCGUUCCCCAUCGAGGAGACGCAGGCGGACAAGGCGUUCAUGCACGUGCUCGAGGGCAUCGUGAUGGGAGUGGUCACCGAGGGCAUGGGCAUGAUCGAAGAGGCGGUGCGUAUCCGGCCGGCUCAGCUGACCACGACCGACCCGCUCCUGGCGAAGUUCUUGUCGCCGCUGCUGGAGGGCACCCGCGUCUCGGUGGCGGCCUCGUCGGACAAGGUCGUCAACGCCGACUCUGACGCCAAGACCAAGGAGUCGCCCCUCAUCGCCAUCAUGGACGGCGUCUACGCCGACUUCUUUGUGUGA